AUGGUUUUGAAGUCUGGAGUAUUCCUCACUCUGUGUCUGUUUACCCUCCAAGCAAGUCAAAAUAAAGACGUUCAUAAGUACGGUUUUUCUGGACUCAGGGAUGUCAGGUAUCGACACUUUCUGGAAACUUCUAGACCAAUCAGACAUGCCACAAACGUCGGAGGUGAGCCGGAUAGACAGCGGGUGAAGAGGUCUACAGUUUUCACUACAGGCGUCAAAGUUUGCCCCCAGGAUACAAUGAAAGCCGUCAUCGGCAGCCACCGGGCCUAUUACAAACUCAGAGUUUGUCAGGAAGCCAUCUGGGAAGCGUUUCGGAUCUUCUUGGACAGAGUCCCAAACCCAGAAGAGUACAGAGCAUGGGUUUACACGUGCCAGCAUGAAAACCUCUGCAUGAAUGACCUGGCCCAGAAUUUCAGCUCCUCUCAGGAACAUUUGGACUUGAUGGCCAGAAGAGUUGCAGAGCAAGGUGAAAGUGAUGGUUUUGUGGCUGGGACACCUGAGCCAGGAAGUGAUUGCACCUGGACUCCUCCUCUGAUUCUGCUUCCAACUGAGGCUGAUGUGAUUAAAGAGGAUCUUAAAGAAAACUAUGAGGAGUACAUUGUUGAGUUCAGCAUCACCGUUGCAGACCCGACAUACAGUGAACUCCUCAGCAAACCUGAGGCUCCACAGUACAAUGACAUCACAAGAGAGCUCCGAGACAAGAUGCUUCAUGUGUUUGAAAAAGUUCCAGGAUUCAAAGAGUUACGUGUUCUAGGAUUUCGAUCAGAGGACGUGUCUGUGCGGUAUGCUGUGGUCUUUAAUGGAGAAACACAACUUGAUGAUGAGCCUGAGGGUUUGGAGGUCCCUGACUCAGAGACCAACGAGGAUGUAAAUGCCCCUAAACUGAAGUACAUCAUCGUAAAGGCCUUAAAAAUGCAGCCAUUACUACUACUGGAUAUGCAGACACUCAGCUUUGAGGCUGUAACCACAGUUUAUCCAGUUGCGGAGCUUGGCAUGAACGUUGUUGAGACGGCUGCAUCAGAGGAAGAGGUCACACAGUCACCAGCAGAAGAAAACAUUCUCACACAGAAUUUAUUCCCCACAGUGGCAGUCAUACAAACCUUGCUAAAAGUUUCUACCGUAAAACAGGAAACACACACCUUUGUGCCUUUCACCCCCAUCGUCCUCCCAGAGACCACCACAGAGACGCCUUUAAUGGCAGCUGCAGAGGAAGAGUCCACAAUCACAGAGCAGGAAGAGAAUCCAGAGGUGGAGGAGAUACCACCAACUGAACUUGAUGAUGGAGAGCCUGAACGUCCAGACUACCCAGAAAUACAGAAUGAAGACUUUUCUAUAGUAAAUAAAGGUCCCCAACCUGAAGGAGUGCUGACUGAUGCACCUGCUGAAGUUAACCUUGAACUACCACAGUCUUCAGCUCCAACAGUUCCAGAUACUUCCAUUAAAGAGGCAGCAGCCCCAGAUUCAACACAUUCAUCUUUUGAGGACACAGUUCAAGACAUUGAACCUGAAACAGAUGUCGAGCUUUUACCAACUCCUGAAGUUAGCGGUGAAGACCCAGAGGACAGGGAUGAUUUAAAUGGAGGGCACAGUGGAAUGACCACAGCCACAGUGGACCUUUUUAUGGGGAAUUCAACUAUUAGUCAGAAUGAGGCAGAGGUGGAAGUGACUGAGCCACUCGAAGAGGAGAGCGGUAGCGGUUUUGCCUCAGAGUCUGAUGAACGUCCGUAUGAAUCCACAGCUGCACCUGCCAUGAGACAAGCCAGCACACCUCUGAUGACAGCUGUGGAUAAGGGCAAAGAGUUAGUGGUUUUCUUUAGCUUGAGGGUCACAAAUAUGAUGUUUUCUGAUGACCUGUUCAACAAGAGCUCCCCUGAGUAUAAGUCACUGGAGAAUACGUUUCUUGAGCUGACACAACAUUCUGGGUCCAGAAACUCUCCAAAUCCUGGAGCAUCCAGUAAAUCUGGUCCUAAGAGACAGACGACAUUAGCCUCCAUACCGCUUUUGCCAUAUUUACAAUCCAAUUUGACUGGAUUUAAGCAGCUGGAGAUUCUCAACUUCAGGAACGGGAGUGUUGUGGUAAACAGCAAGAUGAAACUGGACAAGCCAGUUCCUUAUAAUGUCACAGAAGCUGUGCACUGUGUUCUCGAGGACUUCUGCAACGCAGCAUCCAAACGCCUUGACAUAGAGAUUGACAGUCGCUCAUUGGAUAUAGAACCAGCUGACCAAGCAGAUCCUUGUAAGUUCCUGGCCUGCAACGAGUUUUCACGCUGUGUGGUAAACAGUUGGACUGAAGAGGCAGAGUGUCUGUGUGAUCCUGGCUACAGCACCGUGGAUGGCUUGCCUUGCCAGAGCACCUGCACUUUGCAGCCAGACUACUGCAUGAAUGGAGGCCUGUGUGAAAUAAUCCCAGGUCAUGGAGUCACCUGCAGAUGCCCUGUAGGUAAAUACUGGCACUUCCACGGAGAACGCUGUACCGAGCUGAUAUCAGUACCUGUGGAUCCUCCGCUCAUCAUAACCUGCCUUGUGGGGAGUCUCUGCCUUGUUUGUGCUGUCCUUGGCAUUUUAAUAUUCCUCAACAAGAAAUGUGUAAAAACAAAGAAGGCUGUAACAUUGGUGCACACCCUUGCUCCCUAUGCCUUUGAGAAUACUUUGAGAGAGAACCCAGUAUUUGAAAAUGAUGAUGGUAUCUUAACUCAAGUGUCCACAUUACCAUGUCCUUCAAGUUCUGCCUCUUCUCAUUCCCAACAAUCUGAGCAAGAACAUUUUGCCUCAAUUGAAAAUAUACGCCUGAGUAUUGAGAUCCCCAGACAACUCUACACAACCAGAUCAGAAAAGUUAGUGUCAGAAAUGGUGGAUUUUCAUCACUGUAUACCACACAAUGAGACGUGGCGACUGCCAAAUGACUACAGAACACGUUGUCUUUUAAGGGCAUCAGACAAUGACUGUUUUGAAGUUACAGUUCUCUGAUGACACCUUGUUCGUCUGAGCUGCCAACACAAUGACACAGUGCAAAGUGUGGGGACUAAAACCAGUGUUGCUGUUACUCUGUGUAUAGUUUGCAUGUGCAGAAGCAGGUACAGUAGACCAGCGGUUGAGUUGACGUGAUCAUAGUGCUGAAAGUGUCUUGCUAGACAGUGAGCUAUGGAAGUUAAACUGUGUUCAAGGUGAACUUAAUAUUUAUUUCAUGUAUUAAAUAUAGUAGGAACAUUUCCUGUACA